AGGGCGUGCUCAACCAAUCAAAACGCGCGCUCAACAAACAUCAAAACAUUCUGGAGUUUAAACCGGACUGGAAUCUUUUUGGUUCCAUGACUUACUGGUAUACUCAUGGCUCCCAAAAAGAAACCAGUGCCACAGUCCUCAAAAAAGAAAUCACCAUCUAAGAAGCCUGCAGUUGGGGUAAUCUCCCCACGGCGUUCUCCAAGGUCCCCACAGAUUAGAAGAAAGUUGCCCAAAAGGACCCACCCUUAUCCAUCACCCAAGCCAACAGUGCCAGCCAAGAAGAAAAGUCUAGAUGUGGAGAAAACACCAACAACGAAUGUUCAAAGACAGUCAAGUGUUGGCUCAAGACAGGAUUCUAGUUCAACACCAACUACCCCAAGGUCAGCUGGGAGAUAUGCACGACUGAUGAGAAAUGUAACACCAACCAAUUAUUCAGGCCGUAAGAAGCUGCUCCUCAACAGGCAGCUCAAUAUAUGCAAUCUGAGCAGUGUACAUAAUUUUAGAUAUAAUUUCAAGAAUCUGCGCAAGCAAUAUGAGGGUACUCUUAAAAGGAUGAUUGAGGAUGUAUUUGCCUCUUCAAUGCUUACUGUAAACUUCAGUACCACUUCAUUUUUCUCACUUGUACCUAAUGUUGUUGAUGCCAUAUAUAUUCAAGUUAAUUCACUGGUACCUGGAAACACUGUUGAGGAGGAUAAAAUGAUGAUUGUGUACAGUUGCUGGCUUUUCAAGACAUCACAUACACAGAGUAAAAAUAUUCCUGGUGUUGAGUGGUUUCCUGUUAUGCUUUAUACUGGUAGAAAUGUAAUCCAUAAUGUUGUAGUUGACUGGUUGCAAGGCUCCUUUGACUGCUAUGUCACUAGGAGACAGCUUAGACAAACUGAUAUGAUGUGGAUAGCAGGGGUAUGGAGUGGAAGAAAGUGUUUCACGUCUGCUCACCAAAGAGGGGAAGGGAGUUCAAUUGAUUUUACCUAUCAUGUACGCCACCCUGAUGGCACAAGUAACUACCCAGUACCUAAUACAAGAAGCAAAUUGAAGCUGGUUAUGAAACUGAACAUGGAGGAUGUUCAUCAUAUAUGGGAUACUAUUGUUGAUAGCAGUCGUGGUGAAAUGAGUGUUGAAGAAUUACAGCUAUUCUUUAAUACAAUAGGUGACUGUGCACAACAGUUGACAUUCCUUCCAGCUGAGCUUCUUCAGUUGCAGCAACUUAGUACCCCUUGUUUAAGUAUUACAUCUGCUGGCAAGGUCAAGCUGACGUGUGUGAGAAGUGCAUCAAUUGUGGUGAAUCACCUGAUAGACAUCUUUAUCCAAGCCAUGAACUGCUCUGCACUUGAGGAUCACUUAUUAAAGGCAGAUGAAGUUGCUGAAAGUGAGACAAGUGUGUUUUUGACUGAUGAUGAAGACAAGGAGGACAAGUAAACAGAAAGUUUAGUUUAAGUUUCUUAACUGCCACUAUUUGUUUUAUUUCUGUGUGUACAUAACAUAAUUACUUCUAUCCACUGUUGAAGAUCUAUUGAUAGCCUUUUAGAUAAUGUUUAAAUAGGAGUGCCUAUUAGGGUUGCUAUUUUAUGAAGAAUUUGCCUUCCUUUAUUUUUCACAGAUAAAUACAUGUGAAAGUGCUGAACUUAUUUUGCAAUUGAUUCAUUUGUUGUAAAAUGGUUGAAAUUUAUUAAGGACUAACUUAACAUUUGCAGUUCAUGUGAAGCAUGUUUGUUAUCCACUUGUCUGUAUGAUUGGAAGAGGUAUCUGUUCAAGUUGUAUUCUUAAUGUCUUAGAGAAUCUUAGGUAGUUUUUUGACCAAUAGGCUAGUGUAGCUUAUUGAUAUGUACAUCAGAAUCUCUUGACAAUCUGAAAUGGAUGUGAAUAAUGCACUUAAAUGAACUCGCAUGGAAAGUACUAUAACAAAAGCAUAUUGCAUUAGGAGUCAUCUUACUUUUUCUUGGAGCUUAACUUGAUGUCCAGUAUGAUUUAUCGUUUCCUUAUUUCAUGGGAUGUACCACAGGUGAUUUUCUUUCCCUUUUUUUUCAUAAGUGUUUUUUGCUUUAUUUUUUGUUCAGUAUUGUAUAUUUUUCUGUAUGAAACACAAAUAGUCUGCAGAUUCUUAGCAGAAGACUUUUGUUUUGGAAAGAAUUUUUUCUAUUUAAAGCUUUUCCCAUAUAUGUUAAUCAUAUUGUAAUCAAUAGUUGAUAUUUGAUAUAGGUAAAAAGCUGUUGUCUAUUUUCUUUUCUUUUUUCUUUUCAUGAUAAGCUCUUGCAUUUAAGUUUGUGUUUUAUUUUUCUAGUGAUGAAGUGAGAUGUACAAAUUGAAUUGAAUUGAAUUUUAUAUAUCUCAACCAGCUGCUAAGGAUACGCUGUUCAAAGUCAAUUGGAUUUCACGGAAAGGUUCAUGUUGCUGCAUUUGCUUUGCUUUUAUGUAAUACAUUAUUUGAUUUUUCACACACACACACACCACACACACACACACACACACACACACACACACACACACCA